GUUUCCAUUCCAGAAGCGAAGAUUUAACCUCUUUAAUGAAGCCUAAUCAACACGGGAAAUGCAAGUGAAAAAUUGUGCGCUACAGAUAAGCCCGCUGAUAAGUAGUUCCUUUACAUUGAUACUUAAAAUAACCGGAAUAACUAUAGGGAUAUUAUCUAGUAAAGAUAUCUUAAAGAUAUUAAUACUCGUUAUCGAGUUGAAAUAUAGACUGGUUCAAGCACUGGCAGUAGCUCUCACUAGAGUCGCGGGUGGAAUGGCAGAAACAGAUACCACAGAGAAUCAGGAAGCAGCAACGUUAGCUAUCAAGUGCGAUGAUUCUAACAGUUCCACUUUCAUUAGCGAUAAGUCCAAUAGUAUUGAAAAAAAGGAAUAUAAUGGGAUGAAACUGCACAAUUCAAGAAGCGAAAGUAAUCGAAAAGAUCUAUACUGUAAACAGACAAAAGAUGGUACUGAUAGUGAUAACGAUAAUGAUGAUGGCGAUGACAAUGAUGCUAAUGACAACAUAAACGAAGAGGAGAAAGCAACACAUAUAAUAUGCGAUGAAACCAGAAAUUCCGCUCUACAGCAGAAUGAUGCAAAUGUGGCCAAUUUUUAUCAAGAAGAUGUUGGCCAAAGUUUAGAUGAGAGAGAAAGUGAAAAAGCAUCCUCUGUCGAUGUGGGCCAGAACCAAGUUCAGCCAACAUAUACCACAAAUACGUACAUUGCCCCGGAGCAAGCGUUAGUUACUAGAGUGGAACUAGUUGUACCAGCUCAACUAAAUUCCGAACAGAUUCAGCAUAGCAAGUUGCAUUACAACAAUAGCAGUAGCCGCAACAGCAACAUCAACAGCAACAACAACACUACUAAUACUACUACUACUACUGACGUCCAAUUCAGCAGCGCAAUGCCAGUAAUGCCCACUGAUAAAAACAAUGGUUGUGAAACAGACUCCUCCUCUUCCAACGUGAAUUUAAGGAUUCCUACUAAUUUAACACUAACGACAAAAACAACAGGUGAUAUUUUAAAUUCAGAAAGGCGAACUACAAUUUGGACACCACACGACGAAUAUAAAGCCUCAGUAUCUGGCGCUGACACUGCUUCAGUAUCUGGCUCUGGCUCCGGCUCUGGUCAUUUGGAGCAACUCACUAGCAAUUCAGAUCGUUUACAAAUGAGCUGCACUGAUUCGAAUGGCUAUAAAUCAAAUAUGUUUGGCUCACAGCAAGAGCCACAUCAUCCCGCCGACCUACUUUUGCAAAUAGAAAAGGAAACAGCUGGAAAUAUAGGAAAUUUUGGGCAGUUGCUGCCAUUGGAGCAACAUGAGCAACGACAACAACACUUCAAUCAACAGCAACAGCAUCACUCCCACAUGCAAACUCAUUUACAGAGCAGCAUGUAUGCACAAAUGCUGCCCCAGCAACAACAUUCACAUCAGCAGCAGCCGCAGCCACUUCAACAACAGCUGCAUCAUCCGCAGCAACAGCACAACAUACAUCAAGAAAAUAUCUUGGAGCAUCAGCAAUCGCUACACUAUGUCAAUUAUAUACAUCAGCAAUAUGCUCAUGAUCAAUUGUUUGCGCUCCAUCAUUCUCAUGAUAUUCAGCAACAGCAACAACAGCAGCAACAGCAGCAGCAUGCUCAACAGCAACAGCAUGCUCAACAGCAACAGCAUCCGCAACAUCGGCAUCAUAUUGAUUGUCAUGGCCCGAGGCAACAGCAAUCAACAAUUCAGCAUGCGAUUUCUAAUACACAGCAACAGAUGCCGGAGCAAUAUCAUGAUCUUAUGAUCACCGAAUAUCAUGAGGAUCCCUGUUCAGGGUACAAUUUAACACUUUCUCCGAGCAAUGCUAAAACAGAAAAUCAAGAUGAUGGCUACGAGACAAGUGCUGGGGAUGUCUUAACACCUAAUUCACAUAGUUCGUCCACACACUCGGUAACCCCGCAGCAUCAGAUGCAACAUGUGGCACCGCUUGGCUUACUUGCACAAAGUAAACAUGAAGACUUAAGCUUAAACUCGAAACAUAAACAAAGUCAAGCGACUAACACAUCUAGCAGUAGUCCCCAAGUGCGAGUGGCCCAAGGUGCUUUGUCUGCUCUAUCAAUGUCACAAAAUGUUAGUGCUGAUCCCUACAGCUUUAUGGCCGAAGAGAUGAGCAUUCUGUCACCAGCUGGUCAUUCAGCAGCUAUCGAUAUGCCAGGUACCACAUCCAAUGCCUCAAGCUAUUCACCUGUACCACAAGCUCAAGGCUCAGCCCAUUGUCGUGAUAUUGUUGUCACUGUUGUCCAAAAGCCCAGUGAAAUAUAUAGCAACAUUAAGGAACAUCAGCAAUCGCUCACGCCCAACAGCGAACCGCAUACUGAUUCUCAUAGUACGGAAAUUCGAAUGGUUGGCGAUGCAUCCUCUCAAGAUUCCAACAAAUCCAACAAUUUCGACUUGCAACACGAGAAGCCAGGCUCGGGGUCCCAGCCAAAGAGAAGGGGUCGUAAAAAGAAAUUAAUUGAAGCAGACAAUAUGCAAAUAGACACUGCACAGCCAUGCGGUAGCAGAGAUGGAGGUGUUGGCUCAGAAGAUAUGCUGGCCAUGAAGCCCAAAGAGCGUAAGAAGCACGACCGAUUUAAUGGAAUGUCUGAGGCGGAAGUAAUUCAGCGUACCAUACCCGAUCAUCUUUGUGAUAAUCUCGAUAUUGUCAUAGUGGGUAUAAAUCCCGGCUUGUUCGCUGCAUAUAAGGGUCAUCAUUAUGCCGGCCCUGGUAAUCAUUUCUGGAAAUGCCUAUACUUAUCGGGCCUGACUCAAGAGCAAAUGAGUGCUGAGGAUGAUUAUACGUUAGUUAAGCAUGGCAUCGGCUUUACUAAUAUGGUAGCACGUGCUACCAAAGGCUCUGCGGAUCUAACGCGCAAGGAAAUCAAGGAGGGUAGCCGUAUUUUGCUUGAGAAGCUGCAGCGCUUUCGACCCAAGGUCGCCGUUUUCAAUGGCAAAUUGAUAUUUGAGGUAUUCUCGGGCAAAAAGGAAUUUCACUUCGGUCGGCAACCUGAUAGAGUCGAAGGCACUAAUACUUAUAUUUGGGUGAUGCCUUCAUCUUCGGCGCGAUGCGCUCAGCUGCCUCGUGCUGCAGACAAAGUGCCAUUUUAUGCAGCAUUGAAAAAAUUUCGGGACUUUCUCAACGGUCAAAUACCGCAAAUGGAUGACUCGGAAUGCAUAUUCACAGAGCAGCGUAUUAGGCAAUGCUGCGAACAGCAGGAGUCCGUUAAGAAUUUGCCAACGCCAACCAACUCCAAUAAUAAUAAUAGCUCCAAUAACAAUAUGGAGCAACAAUCUAGUCUUAUGUUUGUCGACCAUGUCAACAAUAACCCCAGCACUAAUAAUAAUAAUGAGCCCAUCACAGAUUGCGCGAAUAAAAGUCUGGACAAACAGCUGUUGCCGCACUUCAGUAACAAUACAAAUCCAAGUUUGAGCAACGUGAAUCCCCGUGAUGGUUUUACCUAUGCCAGCAAUGAGGAGUCAAUGCGUAACAGCAAUGAGCACAAUUACUUACCUGUAUUUGGGAAUACACAGGCGGCGCCACCGUCACUGCCUGAAAAGAAAAAACGUGGUCGCCCCAAAAAAAUUAAAGGCCAAGACUUAAUGGACUCUGCAAACGGGGGCAAAGUGCAGCUAAUGGUCCAGCACGAUUUCAAUAAUAUUUUGAAUUUAUCGAUGAUUGCAACAAACGCUAAUAGUAGCACGGGCAACGGUACUGAGUUACCCACUAAGAAAAAACGUGGCAGACCAAAAAAACUAAAGCCCAGCCUAGAGAACAUGUUGACAAACGUCAAGCAACAGCAUCAUCAUCAUCAUCAGCAGCAGCAGCAGCAACAACAACAACAACAACAGCAACAAUCGGCAAAUGCAACACCAACUGGAGGUAUGAUUUCGAUUUCAAUGGAUCAUAAUACUGCAUCCCCACAGAGUCAGAGCCAUCAAGCGCUACCUAGCUUAUAUAAUACGCCGCCUCCUUCACACAUAUUAUAUACAGCAUCUGCGUCGCCAAUGGCUUCGCCAGCUCUCAACUGCAGCUACCCGCCAGUCGGUCAAGACCAGCAACAGCAGCAUAUGCAGCUUAUACAAACAGAUCAUCACCAAAUGCAGGCUGCUGUUGGCGCAGUCAUCAGAGAUCAACCUCAUUUAGGCGAAACACCACCGCCGAGCUCACCAAAUAUUUGUACUGGGGUUGACUUUGAGCCGCCAAGCGAGCAGAAUGAUGGCCAGGAUACUAAUCUACUGACCCGGUCGGCAGAUAAAUUGCAAAUGGAGCCACUGACACAUGUACCCGAACAUUAUCAGCAGUGGACACAUCAUCAGCAACAGCAACAACAAUCCGCCCAAAAGCUCAAUCAAUCCCAAUCUUCGCCCGUUAGUCACUAUCAACCGCAAGCGCAACUUAACUAUCAACCAGAUCCGGCUGAGCAUUGGCAACGCUAUACUGAACACAGCAAUAGUCGAUCUUAUAUGGUAUCCUCACCCCACUCAAAUCAUAAUAUAAAUGUAAGUCCGCAACUGACUAGUAAUACGCAGUCAAGUCAAGCUGCCUCCGCCGAUAUGUCGCGUAAGAGUUUGUCGGGUCUAGAAUCUCUCGUUGAUCAAAUACCAACAAUAAGUGAGCAUGAAACCAACGUUAUAUCCACAGCAACAGCAGCUGCAGCAGCUGCUGCUGUCGAAAGUCGUUUAUUGGGACUACAACAACAGGAGCAGCAGCACCAGCAGCAACAGCAGCAACAACAACUGCAGCAGCAAAAGAAUGUUCAUACGGAAUCUACAUCGAACAACAAUGUGAUUAGCAACUUUUCUGUUAGCAGUUUGGCCGCAUCGUCAGCUACAACGAAUAUUGAUGCACAUUUGGACCAAACGAACAGCAGUGCUAGCAGGCUCGAGACUAGCAGCAACACAAAUACCAGCAAUAACAACAACGACUAUCCCAAUCAUAGUCAGGGUGGCUAUGCGCAUCCACAUGCUAGCCAUUUGAUUAGCUCCGCGUUGGUAACAGCAACAGCUGCUGAUGGAAGUCAACCAGUGAUGCAUCCACAUCCACCUCCACACCCACAUCCGCAUCCGCAUUCGCAUUCGCAUUCACAUCCGCAAAUGUAUAUGGAACAUAUGCACAUGGCCCAUGCGAUGCCAACGGUGAAUGUCAACCCAAUGUACGCUCCGCCUUAUGGUCCACAGCAUGGUGCAUCAGCACCCGAAUAUGGUCCCUACAGCGUGCAGAGUGGUACGCCUGCAUUGCAUGUGCCCAGCCCAAAUUAUCCAUAUGCCCACUAUGGGCAACAGGCUAAUUACACUGGCUUUGCACAUGCACAUCCACACCCGCAUCCACACCCACAUCCACACCCGCAUUCGCAUCAUCCACACCAUCACGUAGGACAUCCAGCAGCGCACCAUUUAAGCGUCUUUGACCGGCUUAAGCCGACGGAUAUGAGCGGCUAUACGGGAUACUAAUAACAACCACAACAGCUACAAUAUAAGUUCAU